AUGAAAUUAGGAUGUGAUACAUUUCCAUAUGUGGUUGGAGCAGUUAUAUCACACAGUAUGCUAGAUGGAAGAAAGAAACCUGUGUCAAUUGCCUCAAACUUGUUAACUUUGGGAGAGCAGAAUUAUGAUCAGAUUUACAAAGAAGCAUUGAGAUAUGAAAACAACAACAUUGUGGUUUCAAAACUUGAUGAAAAUGACAACAGGCCUAUUCCCAAUCCUGUUUGGAAAUUUGAACAGGGAUUUGAACAUUUUCCUGAAAUCUUAGAUGAAAUAAACAAGCAGGGAUUUGAGCAUCCUUCACCUGUGCAGUGUCAGUCUUGGCCAAUCCUACUUCAAGGUUAUGACAUGAUUGGAAUUGCUCAAACAGGCACAGGAAAAACUAUAGCAUUUCUUCUUCCUGCUUUUAUUCAUAUAGACAAUCAAGUCAUACAUGCUACUGGGCAGCUACAAGAUUGAUGCAAACUCAAUGAAAAAAAAAAAAAAUUGCAAACAAAAUUUUUACAUAUGCUACAGAAAACCCUUUGUUACUACUCCUAGAAGUAAACAGUGGAGUCUGAAAAUCUGCUUGAC